AUCUUACGGAGAUAUCGCGCGGCGUGUACCCUGGCGUUACUUAUCAAAGAUAACCAGCAACUCAGUGCUCUUUCAACACACGGUCGCAGAAACCGGGACCGUGCUCAGUCAUCGAUUUUCGUAGACGGAGAGAUCCUCGGCGAUCGAUUUUGUGACGAUCUCGACGACGACGCGCGAUGACACCGCGCGACCGAGGGCUCGCAAAUAUCGUUUCGAUAUAAUAUUGUGACGAGGAGAAGUGAAUCGGUGCGCGGUUGUGCGAGAAUGUGGGUUACGCGUGAUUAUUCGACCUGCCUCGCCUCGAUGAUGUAAAAGAAACAUGGUGGAACGAUCGAUGAUGAUGCAUCGCGACGUGCUCCUAUUGCUGAUCACGUGGUUGACGAUUUUGUCGAUUGCGAGCUGUCAAAGCGUCUGCGCCGUCAGGUGUUUAUGCUACCUCAAUCAAGAGCCCAGGACUAUCCAGUGCUCGAGACAAGGAUUACAAACGUUCCCCGAAAAUAUCAGUGACGUUGUCGAGCAUCUGGAUGUGUCAAACAAUCUCUUAACUGAGAUCACGAACGAAAUUAAUAGACUGACCGAUCUGCAGUAUCUAAAUUUGGCUAAGAAUCAGCUCACUUCUCUGCCAAAUAAUCUUGAAAAAUUGAAAAAAUUGCAAAGACUAGAUCUAUCAGACAACAUUAUCACAAACACGGCAGAUAUUGCUUCCAUUAACCAGCUAUCGUCCCUGAUGGUUCUAUACAUCUCAAAGAAUCAAUUACUUGACUUGAAAGGGUUAACCAGCGAAGUACUUCAGGCAGUGGAUGCCGGCCAUUGCCUUAUAAAGGAACUCGGUAAUACGUCUUUAGAUGGACUGCCAGCUUUGACAUCACUGAAUCUCGCGGGAAAUCCGUUGAAGAUUAUCGAGCCUGUCAGUAAGACACUGCGAUGGUUGGACAUGUCUGAUUGCGUUUUGAAUUACCUAUAUCCAGAUACUUUGAGAAGACUUCCAGAAUUAGAAGAAUUACAUUUGGUCAAUAAUCCUACGUUAGUGUACAGUACUCGAUUCUCGACGUUACAACAUCCAAAGCUGAAGAGAUUGGAUGUAUCGAGAUGUAACCUCGACAGACCUGGUCUUCAUGGUUUUCCGUCGCUGACGCACGCUUAUCUUUCUCGCAAUACAAUUCGUAUACUGCCGGAUCGUAUAUUCGCCAAGAACAAGCAGUUGACGAAUUUGUAUCUAAACGCGAACAAUUUAGAGCGAUUAAACGUCAGCACUUUCGUCGGCCUAAUAAAGCUCCAGAUACUGGAUCUGUCUGCGAAUAAUCUCGAGGAUGUUCACGCAACGACGUUCCAAGAGAACAUAGAUCUCAGGCUUCUAAAUCUUUCUUACAACACUUUACAACGAUUUCCGGAUCUCUUGUCUCUCGCCACGUCGCUGGAUCUAUCCUUCAAUCUGAUCAACCAGUUUAAUGCAAACUCUCUGGAGAACAUGCCUAGGAUCAGAAGUCUAAGUAUGAAGGAUAAUCAACUGCAAUUUUUGCCACGACGUUUAAAAUCGAAAACAUUAAAAAUAUUGGAUGUGCAGAGAAACAGACUCGUCGAGUUGCACAACGACAGUUUCGUUGAAUUACCGUCGUUGCAAAAAAUUGAUUUGUCAGGAAAUCGUUUAACAGAGGCGAUGGAUCCUGACAUAUUUCAAAAAAAUCGAGAUUUGACCAUAAUCCAUUUAGGAGAUAAUCCAUGGAGAUGCGACUGCACUCAACUCUACAAAAUUUAUGAAUACUUAACAAUACCUGUCGACAAAACGAUACCAUCAAGCUUGAUAUGCCAGAAUCCGGCGAACGUUUCCGGCUACUCUUGGGAAACCGCGUGUUUCGAUGCCUGGAAUUCCGAUUUGUAUUACAACAAAGAUAGAACUUGGGGAAUGGUGAUGGUCAGCUUGCUUAUCAUGGUUGUUCUGUGUGGCACCGUGGUUUCGAUCAAACAUACCAUGAGAAUAAAGAGAAGAGUUUUAGAGCAGAGACGACAACUUGAAUUGGAAGAAGAAAGAGAAAGAGUACGACUUUUUCACUCGAGACGAACUCAACGUUUGGACGAAGAAAUGGAUGAAGACCUGGAGAAUUCAGAACCCAGAAUUAAUCCUCUGGAAUUAAUUGGUCCACCCACCUACGAGGAAGCAGUCCAGAUGCCCAGACUAGUUCAUUCCAUGGACGCUUUGCACGAGAUCUCCAUUGAAAAUGAAAAUCUGCGCCCUAUGAGUUCCGUGGAUAAUCUGCGGGUGAAGAAGAGAAGAACGAGAAGAACGAAGACGAGCCGUAAACGAACUCGAAGCGAGGAUGAUCUGCUGAAGAGAGAAGAACGUCGGCAGGAACGGAUCAGAAGAGAGAGAAACAACUCCAGCGGCAAUAUCUGCGAGACCAUGGACCAACCGCAAAAUACGAAUCCCAGAAAUUCUAGGAUCUCGACGACGCGCAGAUCCAGAAGGCACAGCGUUGUAGACGAUUCCUUGGAAUCCAAUAGUAGCAAGGACAAACCAAAGCCGCAAACCCCCAGCACGAGAAGGAAAAAGAGAAGACAGGUGUUCCGAGACGAACAUGUGACCGAUGACGAGGCUUCUGAUGUUCAAAUAAUGGAGCCUAAUCGAUCCCUCGUCAUCAGGGAACUCGAACGCGAACCCAGAAGCGGUUACAGAGAUUCAUUCGUAGAACGCGGGUCAUAAGUUGUUCUAUUUAAAUUAUUUCGCGUAUGAUUAAUUGUUUGAUACUUUUAAUAUAUAUAUAUAAGAAAUAAAUCGCGAGUUUUAUGCAGGAUUUUUAUUGCAUUUCGCGCAAAAAUAUAGCUCAUCUUUAAAGAGCUUAAAAUUUGUCUUUUCUGAGACAAAAAUUAAUUAAGAAUAAUACGAUCACACAUAUUUAAUCAAUAUAAAAUAGAAUAUUAAUCUAAUAAAUACCCUCUUAUGUGUCGAAAAGAAAUAACACGAAUGACAAUAGCAAUAUUAAAUAAAAUUAUCGGAUAAGAACCUAUCGUCCAUCAUAUUGUUAUAGACGUAAAAAAUAUAUAUAGAUUUCCUACGUCAAUGCAUAUUACUAUAUCAUUUAUAAGAAUAAUAAAAAGAAAAUGAGAGAACGGAGAAAAAACAUA